AUGCGCGGGGAGAUCACGCGUCCGGGCGGGUCGUUAGGAGCGCGGCCGUCGGGGGCGGGGCUUCGAGGCAGCGCCCGGAAGCUGGGAGGUGGAUUUAGGGAGCGCGGACGUUGGGGGCGGGGCUUCGGGGAGGCGGGACGGGAACGCGCGGUGCCGCUCGACACCCCUAAACUCGAUGCCCCCAACCCGGGUGCUCCUCAGCCCGACACCCCUAAACCGGGUGCCCCCUACACCAGACGCCCCCCCCCCCAACCUGAGAGCCCUCAACCGGACGGCCCCUUUAACCCCUACUGUCCAAACCCUACGCCCUAA